UGUCAGUCAGCUAGCUGUCAAAAACAAAAAUAUUGUGGUGGUUGGCUGAAAAUAUUAAAAUAAAUUAAUUUUUCAACAUGGGAAAUAGUAAUCGGCGAGAUGAAUUACUGAAAUUGAAGUCGUAUACCGAAGAAAUUGAUAACGAACUAACUUUGAUCUUACAAACACUUCAAUGGGACAGAAAUCAUUUGUUACAGAAUCCACUCAUGGUGAUGUGCAGAUAUGACUGUAACCACAAAGUACCACCUGAUAGGGCCGCAGAACACGAGAAGGAAUGCUUUCUGCGCAAGAAUGGCUACAGCAAGGAUGACCAGCUACUACCAGACCCUCUUGAUUCUGAGUCAAACACUCUGGUUAAACUCGGAAAAGAUAAUAUUCAGCAAAUUAUUGCAGAUGCAUCAAAAUCGGAUUCUACAUUUAGGAGAGGCGUGGGUUGUCACGGAGCAGAGCCAAUGUCACUGGAGCGCCUUCAGGUCUCGUACUCGGCAGACGAGCGCCGCGCCAUACACGAUGCUGUGGUCAGUGCCGUGCCAUCGUGCCAUGAUCUUACCGACUUGAUGCUGCCUACUACUAGUGAAGAUAAGAAUGAGAAAGUAAUUCUGUCGCGCAAUGAGAUCCUGCUGGAGCUGCGUAACAUGCGCCGGCGCCGCACUAAGUACCGCGUCGCUGCCAAGUCGCGCAACUACUCCGAUGUACUGCGUGAUGUCAUCAAGACUCAGAUGGAACAUUUCAACGAUGGUAAGACCACAACAGAAGACGUGGAUGAAGAAAAUAACCAUAGGGAAGCAGAACCAGACGGAAGGGAUUCCAGGCAAACAUCACAAGAAGGCGAUAAAUAUACUCAAGAUCGAUACAAGAAGUUUGUGCCCAGACCUAUUAAAAUAGAAGUUAACACUGAUGGAGGUUCUACUGAAAGAAUUAGAGAUUACAGUAGAGAUAGGUCAGAUGGGGCAAAUAGAUAUGAGAUGGAGAAUAACAGGGACAGGAGUGCCAGAGAUAAUGAAAGGCGAAGACAUGAAGAUAGAUCCAGAGACAGAAGAAAUGAUGAUCAUAUGGAUAGAGAUCACAGAUUUGGAGAUAGCUCUAGAAAGAGAAGAUAUGAUGAUGAUUACAGAGAUGAUACUAGAGAGCGAAGCUCCUAUUAUGAAGGGUCCAAAGAAAAGAAUAAAGAUAAGGAUUACAGGUCUGAUAAAAGAUCAAGAAGACGUUAUGAAAAUGAAGAUGGAGAUUAUCAGGUGGGCCAAGAUGAUAGGGAUACCUAUGAGAAGCCUAGGGAAAGAAGGUCGGAUGAAAAAAGGGAUAAAAAACACAUGCAUAAAGAUAUAUACCAUAAUGAUAAAAGACACAAGGAUAGAGAGAGAUCUAGAGAUCGAAGAUCAGACCAUAGAUAUGAGGACAGAAGUGAACGAAUUCACAUUAAGCAAGAAAGAGAUGACAGUAGAACAAGAGAUGAUAAGACAAAGUAUGACAGAAGUGAUAAAAACUAUGAUAGGAGAUAUAAUAAGGCUUAUAGAGAUAAGAACUGUGAUGGUCAUAGUUCAGAAAUGGAUCAAGAAAAGUUUUCCAGGUAUUACGAUGUGCCUUCGCGAGAGAUUUACGACCCUAAUAAGGUUAUUAAGCAGGAAAAAUAAAAUGUACACAAAAUAAUA